AAAUCUGCCUCCACCAUUCAAAGUUUCCGAGAUCAUCCCGACCAUGACGACUGCUACAUCAGCUCAACAACUUGGCAAGUUCUUGGCGGCCUUGGCAGCCAAGCAAUCCACUCCAGGUGGAGGUGCUGCCGCCGCUGUGGGGGCAGGAUUAGGGUCUGCAGCUGCAUCCAUGUCGGCUGCCUACACUCAGCGCAAAAAGGACCGAGAAAGUGGUGCCGCCGUCAUGGCAGAGGCACUGGUGGCCAAGUUGGAUUUUGCCAAAGCAUUGCAAGCAGCAGAUGACGAUGCAUCAGCCUAUGCGGAUCUUCAACGAACUUGGAAAGAUACCGAAAUGUCAGCCGAAGAAAAGAAGGCUAUUGAAGCCAGGGCGUUGGCAGUACCAGUAUCUUUGGUGGAGAUGUGUCAUGAUUAUAUUCUGGCCAUUCAAGGAUUCUUGCCGGAUUGCAAUUCCAAUAUUACAUCCGAUGCCAAGGUUGGUAUUCAUCAGUUGGCGGGGGCUGCUCGAGCUGCCUAUCAAACGGUUCUGGUCAAUUCGCCCCCUCAAGAAGAAAAGGAUCGCCUCAAAGCUCUGCUGUUGGAGAUUAGAAAGAUUGAAGAUGAGCUGUUGGAUAUGGUUGCUUAAAGUAUUAAAGUUUUACUAGUUAUAGAACCUCUUCUUUUGGCUCAUGGCGAAUGCCCUUUAUGAAUUAAUGUGUAUAAGGAUUCUUUGC